CGCACUCGUGCGCGCUGAAGGUCGUGAAUUAAACGAAGUCAACAAUGUCACUUCCAAAGCCAGCAAUGAGGGGCCUCCUGGGCAAGCGUUUGAGGUUCCAUUUGCCCAUCGCAUGCGGUCUUGCCCUAGUGGCAGCAGCCUCCUUCAAGUUCACAGUAACAGAGCCCAGAAAACAGGCCUAUGCUAACUUCUACAAACGUUACGAUUCAAUGAAGGAGUUCAAUGCCACGAGGGAAGCCGGUGUUUUUGAAAGUGUCAGACCCGCUGGAAAAUAAACCACUGUCUUGUUAUUCUCCCCCUGCAUUCCUGCUCUACAACCGAAUCUUUAUAAGAUGAUCAGAUGUGAACAUUGAUGUCUGAUGUUCUUAUUAAUGUACAAAUAAACGGGGUGUUGCAGAGUGGU